UUAUGCAGAGCGGUAAUCUGAGCCUGCAUAAACUCUCGUGAGAAGAGCGGAAGUAUCGUUUGUUCUCGUUUGCUCCGUUGGGAUCAGUGCGUGCGUGUGUGGGUGUGAGUGCAGCACCUGUGUGUCUAAAGUACCAAGACUGUGAAUGGUGCUGUUGGGGACAGAUUCCACACACACACAUCUUAGCAACAUAAACAAGACUGGACCUGAAUUCCUGUGAGGAUCCUGAGCCUUACCCUUACUUGCUGGGCAAGUAAAUGCUGUAGGCCCAAGAGGCUGGACUGGUGACACAGCGGUCAGCAGGCAGCCAUUGCUCCUUUCCUCAAUUUUAUUUUUAUACAGUUUUAUUUUUAUACAGUUUUUAUUUGAAGCGUUGCUACUCUCGUGCCUCAACUAUUUUUGUAGGAAGUGUUAUUUUAUUUUGGUGUACUUCGUACAUGGUGACCGGGCCCCCCCCCCCUUCCCCACUUCUACAGUGUGACGUUUUUUAUAGUAUUUUUAAUAGUAUUGGUGUGCUCAUUUGUGCCUUUGAGCAGUGCUUUUAUUUAUCUUUAUUUACGUUUGCAGUGAUGUAGUAGGAGGUGUUAUUGUGUCCCUCGGUCCCGUAUCUAAAGUACCCAUUUUAUCUGUUGGAUGGCUUGUUUCUUUUAAUUGUGAUCAAUAAAUGUGAUAUAAUUGUACACACAGAAGCCUCUGUCUCUCCCUAAAGUUACCAUUACCUGCAUGGGGAUUUUGAUUACCAGAUGAUUGUUUAAAAGGGUAUGAGCAGCACUCAUUUGGUCACAUUUGGCGUUGUUGGCAGGAUACAGAGGCUUUUUGUGUUUAUGAAUUGGAGGCACAGAGUUUUGUACAGCAACGUGUUAAGGUUGGAGGAAAGGAGCAGUGGUUGUCCAGGAGAUCAAGAGGACCUCAUCGCCUCCUAGUGGCAGUAUCACCUGGGAGCAUACAUCCUGGACAUUUCUGUUGGUGGUGUUUAUCGCUGCCCUAGGUUCUUCAUAGUUUGGUGCUGUGUUGAAAGCUGGAAAAAUGUCUGAAUCUGAUGAACAAAUCAGGGCACUGACCGAGCUUGUUGAGCAGCUACAGGCAGAAAAUAACAGGCUGCGAGACAGGGGUAAUGUUGCUUUUAAUGCAGAGACCCCUGGGCCAUCUAGCCAGGUAGCGGCUGACAGUGUUGGCGAGAACUCAGUACCAGAGCGGGUGUAUAUUUAUGCACCGAGAGAGAGGAAAUGUCCACGCUUUUCAGGCGUUAUGGCUCAGGAUGGUUUAACUGUGGAGGAUUGGGUGGAGGAGGCGCGAAAGUCCCUGUCAGUAAGACAUACAUCUCCAGCUGAACAGGCAGCCUUUCUCAGUGAUCUCUUAGAUGGGGAAGCUAAGAGGGAAAUUAAAUUUGGUUCUCCUGCAGACAGAGCAAAUCCUGAGUCUAUUUUUAAUAUUUUAUUGGAUAACUUUGGUUGUGAUCAGACCUAUGUGACACUACAAAGGCAGUUCUUUCAACGCAGACAACAGGAUAAUGAAUCUAUCCGUGAAUUUUCUCAUGCUUUGCUACAUUUGAUGGAGCUGCUUAAAGGCAAAGAUCCACGUGGAGUUUCACACCCAGAAUUGGUGAUUCGUGACACUUUCAUUGAAAAUGUACGUGAUGCUAAAUUACAGCGUGAAUUGGCUCACCUGGUUCAGCAGCACCCUAACCAGUCAUUUAGUCAAGUACGUAAUGUAGCCAUCAGAUGGGAAAAACGAGGGCCCCCUAGCGGUACUCAAAGAGCUCGGGCUUAUUCUUGUGAUGCUCAGGCCUCGGGAGUGGAUAAUUGUGAUGUUGAUACUAAUGCCAUUUCUGUUAAACCCAGUGAUGAGUUGUGGGAGUUAAAAGAGUGUUUACGCCGACAGCAGGUGCAACUCGAUGCCAUUCUUGAACACCUAGGCCCCUCUUCCUCUCGCCCCCCCUCUGCGCACAACUAUGUGAAUCCCCAGGACAUCUCCAGUGGCAAUAGGCCAAAGCCAUACAAAUUCCAACCAGAUGGUAAACCAAUAUGCAUGCGAUGCAAUAGAACAGGCCAUAUUGCAAGGUUUUGUCGGGUGGACAUUGGUGGGCUCCCAGGUGGGGUGGGGCAAAGGGGCCAGGGUCCAAGGGUGGGGGUACAGGUGAAUGCAGUAGAGCAUCAGGAAAACUAG